AUGACGGUGGCUUCCAGAAGCCAUGUGACAAACUGCUCCACUGCAGGGAAUAGGGGAGCAUCGGCGGGUGGGCCUGGCUGGCUGCCCGGCUCCCCCUGCUCCCUGGCGGCGGGCGCGGCUGGUUCAGCACCUCGGAAAGCGCCCCUCGCCCCGGCGGGGCUCGCGCAUGCUCCUUGGGGCCCGCCCCGCGGCCGUGCGCGAGCGAAUAUAACUCCGGUGGGCGCCGCGGGCAACCCCCUGGGAGUGGACAACCGCGGAGAGACGCCGCCGACCUCCAGUCCUCCGGGCGGCAGAGCGAGGCGGACGGGACUUUACGACCUCUUUCUCUCAAAGGACAGAAGCUUUGUCCAAGCAGCUGCAGGGGAAACCGACGAAGACUUGCCUGGGAAUCCUGGGACGCCGGCUGCUCGCCUUAGGGACUGCGCUCCUCCGCUCUGCUCCAAAGCAGACGCGGAGCUCCCCUCCUGCGCCCAAGGCGGCGCCCUGCGCGCCGGGACGCGCGGGGGACCCAGUUCCUCGGCUCUGCCUUCUGCAGCUACUUUGAAAGCUCCCGCGCACGCCCCGCGUGCCCAUCUGGGGGCAACACCGUGCUCCCUGACGUCUAGCCCCCCGGAAUAUGGCCUAGAGGCACCUGCUACCGCCGCAGCCGCGUUGGCCACCAUGAAUAAGGCGGCUGGCGGGGACAAGCUCGCAGACCUCCUCGGUCUGAUCCCGGACCUUCUGGAGGCGGCCAACGCGAGUGGCAACGCGUCGCUGCAGCUUCAGGACCUGUGGUGGGAGCUGGGGCUGGAGUUGCCCGACGGCGCGGCCCCGGGGCCUCCUCCCGGGGGCGGCGGCGGCGGGGCGGAGAGCGCGGACCCCGAGGCCCGGGUGAGGAUCCUCAUCAGCGUGGUGUACUGGGUGGUCUGCGCCCUGGGCUUGGCCGGCAACCUGCUGGUGCUCUACCUGAUGAAGAGCAAACAGGGCUGGCGCAAGUCCUCCAUCAACCUCUUCGUCACCAACCUGGCGCUGACGGACUUUCAGUUCGUGCUCACCCUGCCCUUCUGGGCAGUGGAGAACGCGCUGGACUUCACAUGGCCCUUCGGCAAGGCCAUGUGUAAGAUCGUGUCCAUCGUGACGUCCAUGAACAUGUAUGCCAGUGUCUUCUUCCUCACCGCCAUGAGUGUGGCGCGCUACCACUCGGUGGCCUCUGCUCUCAAAAGCCACCGGACCCGAGGACACGGCCGGGGCGCCUGCUGCGGCCAGAGCCUAGGGGACAGCUGCUGCUUCUCGGCCAAGGCGCUGUGCGUGUUGAUCUGGGUUUCAGCCGCGCUGGCCUCGCUGCCCAACGCUGUGUUCUCCACCACCGUCAAGGUGAUGGGCGAAGAGCUGUGCCUGGUGCGCUUCCCGGACAAGCUGCUGGGCCACGAUAGGCAGUUCUGGCUGGGCCUGUACCAUUCGCAGAAGGUGCUGCUGGGCUUCGUGCUGCCGCUGGGCAUCAUCAGCCUGUGCUACCUGCUGCUAGUGCGCUUCAUCUCCGACCGCCGCGUGGCGGGGGCCGAAGGCGGGGCCGCGGCCCUCGGGGGAGGCCUGGCGGGAGCCAGCGCCCGGCGACGGUCCAAGGUCACCAAAUCAGUGACCAUUGUGGUCCUAUCCUUCUUCCUGUGUUGGCUGCCCAACCAGGCCCUCACCACCUGGAGCAUCCUCAUCAAGUUCAACGCGGUGCCCUUCAGCCAGGAGUACUUCCUGUGCCAGGUGUACGCGUUCCCGGUGAGCGUGUGCCUGGCGCACUCCAACAGCUGCCUCAACCCCAUCCUCUACUGCCUCGUGCGCCGCGAGUUCCGCAAGGCGCUCAAGAGUCUGCUGUGGCGCAUCGCAUCUCCCUCGCUCACCAGCCUGCGCCCCUUCACCGCCUCCACCAAGCCGGAGCCGGAGGAUCAGGGGCUGCAGACCCUGGCGCCGCUCCACGCGACCGCGGAGCCCGACCUGCUCUCCUAUCCUCCCGGCGUGGUGGUCUACAGUGGGGGGCGCUACGACCUGCUGCCCAGCAGCUCGGCCUGCUGACGCGGGCCGAGACCCGGGGCGCGCCGUCGGGGCUGGGAGGCCUUCCCCGGGCGGUUUGGGACGCCGAAGGUGGGGAAAGCGUG